UGAAGACAUGGGUAAGACCAUUCCCUCGUACCUGGAGCAACUGGACCUCCGCAAAGGCUUCAUAGGCCUGGCUACAGGUGCCGGGGCCAUAUACCUGCUGUACAAGGCCAUCAGAGCUGGCUUAAAGUGUCAGUCACCGCUCUGUUCCGACUCACCUAUCUGCAUUGCCCGCCUGGCCAUAGAGAGAGAGCGCCACGGGCGGGACUCGGGUGAGAUUCGAAGACUUCUCCACUCUCUAGAGUGCAAACACGAUGCAUAUACCAAAAGCAUGGUCCUUCAUAGCAUCACCCGCUGCGUGUACUUGCUGGAAGCUGAGGCCUCUGCUUGUACAUUGGAUGACAUCAAUUUGAUCGCUGAAAUGCUGGAUGACAAGGACAACAGUGUCAAAAUCCAAGCUCUGAACGCACUUAAGGCUUUCUCUGGCAUCAGGAAAUUCAGACUCGUCAUUCAGGAACAUUGCAUCAAGGUGCUGGAACUGAUUUCCACCAUCUGGGACAUGGAGCUGCACGUGUCUGGCCUCCGACUGCUCAACAGCCUCCCGCUACCUGACUACGUUCACCCACAGCUGCGGCGGGUGAUGCCUGCCCUGAUGGAGAUCAUACAGUCAGACUGUGUUCUGGCACAGGUCCAAGCUGUCCGCCUCCUGAGUUACCUGUCACAGAAGAACGACCUCCUCUAUGACAUUCUCAACUGUCAGGUGCGUCCCAACUUCCUGUGCCUCCUCCAGUGUUCGCAGCCGGGCAGUCUGCUAUUCGAGGUGCUGGUGUUUGCCGAGCGCUUGAGUGAGGGUCGGAACGCCAACCACUACCGAGCGGUAAAAUGGCAUUACAACGAGCAGUCCCUUCACGAAGCCCUCUUUGGGGAUGAGUCCAGACUGGCAGACCGACUGCUUUCCCUGGUCAUCCACCCUGAGGAGGAAGUUCAGAUCCAGGCCUGCAAAGUCAUAGUGAGCUUGCAGUGUCCUCAGGACCUGGGAUGCCGACCCUCUGUCUGCCGACCCAGCCAUUCCUACUUUAAAAACGGAGAGUAACAUUAAGGAGAUCCAAUAAACGCGUACGGGAGGGAAGCUCGAGGCUUCUGGAAGCACGCGUCUGUCCGUUGCCUCCCAGGGCCUGGGUGGAGGCUGGCCUCCGCCUAGGCUGUGGCCCAGCACCCCAAACACAGUCCACUUUCUGUGUUUGGGAGACUGACCCGCCCUUCUUUGCUGCUCUUCAAA